GACCUUGUUCACCCUCCACUGAGAGCGGGGCUAGAGAUGGAUGCUGAGUACAGGAAGGGUGUGUGAGGAUUCCUUUGGCUCCACUCUUGUUUCCAACUUUUGCCGGUCCUAGGUGCCCAGUCCUGAGCAAUCAUGACGAUGGAGACUCUCCCCAAGGUUCUGGAAGUCGAUGAGAAGUCUCCAGAAGCCAAGGACCUGCUGCCCAGCCAGACCGCCAGCUCCCUGUGCAUCAGCUCCAGGAGCGAGUCUGUCUGGACCACCACCCCCAGGAGUAACUGGGAAAUCUACCGCAAGCCCAUCGUCAUCAUGUCGGUGGGCGGUGCCAUCCUGCUUUUUGGCGUGGUCAUCACCUGCUUGGCCUACACCUUGAAGCUGAGUAAGAAGAAUGUCUCCAUCCUCAAAAUGGUAGGGCCCGGCUUCCUGUCCCUGGGACUCAUGAUGCUGGUGUGCGGGCUGGUGUGGGUGCCCAUCAUCAAAAAGAAACAGAAGCACAGACAGAAGUCGAAUUUCUUACGCAGCCUCAAGUCCUUCUUCCUGACUCGCUGAUGGUGGUUUCUGCAUCUCUCUGCCACCUUGAGUGGGAGAAGAUCUGACGACCAACAUCCGACAUCCCCAUCUCCUCUGUGGAGUGCCAUGAAACUGAUCCAGGAAAAUGCUCUCCCUGACCCAGUGGGGAAGACAGAGCUCAGGGCUCCAUCCCCCAUGCAGCCGGGAAUGUUGCCAGAUAUAUCCACUUUAUCUGUAUUCUGACUGAUGCUUCCUUGGAUCUUGGCUGUGGCCUUCCCUUUUGUCACUCUAACCCCUUGCCUCUGCAUCCAGACGUCAUUCAUCCAAAGCUCUCUGCCAAGUGCAAUGCAUGCUGGGAAAUUCUUCGGGGGUGGGCUAUGCCCCAGGGAGAACCUCUUGUUUACACAUCUGAGUGCCAGAGCUGGAUUCUUCAUUUGCAUCCUUCUGGAACCAAAACUGACUCAUGGAGGUCCUUUACAGAGGAGGGACGGACGGCUGAGUUCUGACCCAUUGGGUUUGACAGCCCCAGCUCCCUCAGCAGACUUUCAAGAUCACAAGUGUCAAACAUUCCAAAGACUGAACAAUGAAGGGAGGCCUGGGAAAAACACUCUCCAAGAUGACACGUGCCCCUGGACAUGGCAACAUGACUCUAGGGAUUUGUCAGCGGAAGAAGUUUAACUCCUAAUUAUAUAAUAUUUACAUCAGAGGCAGUGGGGUAGGCUAGGGGAUGUCACAGUUUCUGCUUGACCUUCUAACUCCUUCUCAUUGACCAC